GGCAGCGGCGCGAGCAGUGCCUGGGUGGCGUGCGGAGCUGGGUGGACAUGGCCAGCGUGCGGGAGAGGGCGGCAGCUUUGAAUCUCUGCGCCGUCUACAGCCCGGCCAGCAAGCCUCCGGGUUUCAGCUUGGCACAAAAGCCCUUUGGUGCAACAUACAUAUGGAGCAGCAUUAUCAAUGCACUUCAAACUCAAGUGGAAGUUAAAAAGCGGCGACAGAAUCUGAAGUGUUACAAUGACUGUUUCAUCGGCUCAGAUGCAGUGGACAUUGUUUUUGCUCAUCUCCUGCAGAACAGAUAUUUUGGGGAUAUAGAUAUUUCUCGUGCUAAAGUAGUGCGAGUAUGCCAAGCCCUGAUGGAUUACAAAGUGUUUGAGGCUGUUUCAACAAGAGUUUUUGGAAAAGACAAACGGUCUGUGUUUGAAGAUAGUAGCUGCAGUUUAUAUAGAUUUGCAAAUGUACCUAGCCCAGUGGACUGCCCAUUUGAAAAGGAACGUGGGCACCGUACACCUCAAAGACAUGGGAAAACAGAAUUAUUUAAUCCCAUUCAAAUAAAAUCAGAAAACUUAGAUGAUCUCUGGAAAAACUUGAGACUGCAGCCUGCUAACACCCUGCAAGUAAACAUCUCUGAAGUUUUGUCUCCUCAAGUUAUCAAUGAAGUAUGGCAAGAACAAACAAUAGCUCGUCUACUGCAGCUUGUGGACCUUCCGCUUCUUGACUCUUUAUUCAAACAUCAAGAGAUUGGGCCUAAACUUCCCCAAACAAAGAAAGAUGCUGGCUACAUCAUCACAAGUAACUAUCUGGAUAGAGAGAUUCUCAAAGCUUUCAAUGACACUCAGACAGAUGAAUGGCUCUCUGCAGCAAUAGAUUGCUUGGAUUAUCUUCCAGAUCAAAUGGUGGUAGAUAUAAGCAGAAACUUGCCUGAUCAACCUGACAAAACAGAGGCAUGGAAGCUACUGCUGUUUGAUACUAUUGGUGGCUACUACAGUCAGAAAGAGCCACUAUUAACCCAUGCAUCUGAUAUCCACACAGGAAUUGCAGAGCUGCUGGUGAAUGGAAAGACUGAACAGGCUUUAGAAGCAGUUCAACUCUACUUAAAGCUUCUGAAUAGUCAAACUAGAGAAGAGUUCAGAAGGUUGUUAUACUUCAUGGCUGUUGCAGCUUAUCAUUCGGAGCUCAAGUUGCAGAAAGAGACUGAUAAUAGGAUGGUUGUGAAAAGAAUGUUUUCUAAAGCUAUCGUCAACAAUAAGACCUUAUCCAAAGGAAAAACUGACCUCCUGAUUUUGUUCUUGGUGGAUCAUCAAAAAGAUGUUUUAAAGAUCCCAGGGACACUACAUAAAAUGGUUAGUGAUAAGCUGGUGGCUAUACAACAAGGUCAAGAUCCUAGUAAGAAUACAGGCUACACUUUCUGCCAAAAACUUGAUGAGGGGGAAUAUCACAUCAAUACAGAGAAGACAACAAAAGAUGAGUUACUAUCUUUGCUAAAAACCAUUGAUGAAGAUUCAAAACUCUCUGCCAAAGAGAGAAAAAGACUGCUAGAUCAGUUUCAUAGUAGUAAUCCAACUAUUUUUAUGCAGUAUUUUGGUGACAGACUUACUAAUAUGUGUGUGUAACUAA